UGUUCGGCUUGUGUGAUUAUAUUAUCGCGAUACCGAUGCAAGAUGUCGUAUUCCUCACAGUAAUAUGCAAAAAUGUUCUUACCUCGUGGGUUGUGCAAUGGAAAUGCUCGAUUUUCUGCUGAAGAUUAUAGUACAGAGAAAUGCUUGAGAGAUAAGAAAGAAUAGGAAAGUCCGAGAGCCGACGUACAUAGAUGCUAGGUCGACAGUACAUCGGACUCUACAUGGAGAGUUGCUUCACCUGUUGCAUAUUCAACGUGAGCAGGCACUUCAUCCAGAAGGCUACCCAAAGAGUGCUCCAACAAUUCAGAAAUGAAUACUGUGCGGAGAAACUCAUUCAAAUCACGUUUGAAAUAAUCUACCAGAACUGUCAGGUGAGAGGUUCCAGUAUGAUCGGACUUUUCUACGCAAUGAACGCCAGGCUUUUUCUAAAUCGCAUCUACUCCAGAUGAUGAAUUCAUAGAAUUUAUUUACAUAUCCAAUGCCGCCAUCUCUUGGAUUGUUUAUACCUAGAAUCUAAUCAAGUUUGAGGACUUAUUGCCCCUUAAUUGUUUUCUAAUCCUAUUAGGAAUGUAGAAAGGUUGAACAUGCAGUUAUAGGAUUAGGUUCACAAAAUGAGCAAAUAAAAACUCCA